UUUUAGAGGUUUUUUGCCCUGUUUCAACUUUUGAAGGCGAAAUGCACUUCUAAAAGUCGGGCCAAACAUAGGCAAAGUUAAGUAGGAUUUUGAUGAAUUAUAUGGUUGAACAAGAUAUAUAUGGGAAUGUGACGUCUAGGGUAAUUAAGAUGGAGUGGAGGGAAGGGUAGGAGAAAAAGGUGUUCCUUCCGAAUGAAAAUGAGUGAUUGAGAAGCACCAUCUCAAAACCAUAUAUAAGAAUCAAGCCCCCACUACCAUGUAUGAUUUGUAUACACAUAUAUAAUGUAAUUAUUCUCUUUUGUUUGUCCCUUCUGUUCCAUCAUAUGUUUAGGCUUCAUGGGUAUAUAUACCAAUUAAUGUUCUCUUUAGCAGGGCUAAUGGCAGCUGAUGUAGCACUGCUGGUGUCUAUUUAAAUUAAAUCAUGUCUCCAGUAUCACAUCUGAUAUAUUUUGUCGGAUGGGUUGACUUAAGUUGUUGCAUUCGGAUGACGACGUUUCUAAUACUCGUACGAAUUCGAAUAGUGUCUCAAGCGAAUUUUCAAGGAAAGUGAAAAUGAAAGAAAGAUAAUAACAAUUUGGAUUUCAAUUUUUAAUGACGUGAAAUGAAAGAAUGAUGAGUACUUAUUUGAUGUGAAAGAGCUAGAGUGCUAAAACUGUUUUUUAUUAGCAUUGUGCUAACACAAGUUUUAGCCAAUAGAAACACAAUUUUUAAUGACUUUUGCAUUAAUGAGGGAGAGGAGGCAGAUGGAUGUAAUGGUCAUUGAUGAAAAUUUUGGGGAGAGGAGAACAACGUGUGUGUGCGUGCGCGUAUUACACGAUGAAGAGGGUGGAAUAAUUUGGGGUGGGGGGGGGGGGGGGGCACGUAACACAAGAAACAACACAACAACAAAAAUCACAAGAUUUAGAAAGCGUGCCACAACCUAAACACACUAGAAAACAUAUAAGAGAGUUUAGAAAGCAUACCAGAACAUCACCAACUACAAAAAUCAUAAACCACAGCAUACCGCCAAUUUCUUAAAUACACCAUAAGUCCCAUGAAGUAUACUAGAAACCUCAUAAAACAUAUCACAAAUUCAUCAGCGCACACCACAAGUAUCUAAAAAUGGACCACACAUUCAUUAAAACAUACCAAAAAUUUCUUAAAGUAGACACAAGUUUCAAGCACACCAUAAGUUCCAUGAAAUCUUAUAAAGGAUACCAACAACCUCAUAACACUGGACCUAUUUGUAAAUUUUUAAAAGUUCAAGUAUCAAAAUGUAAGAUAAAUUUUACGUAAUAAAAUGCAAUUUUACAACAAUAUUAUAAAAAAUUAAUUUUCGACAUUAAAUAUUAAAGAUUGAUUGUUUUCCCAAAAGACUUAUGUAUUCGUGCUCUAGAUCAAAUGCUUCAAAUUGAUCAUAAGUAGGAGUAGGAAUAGAUGCCUUUUUAUCGUUAUGCGCUAUGUAAAAGAGCUCCUAUCUUCAAAUAAAGGAAAUGUACAACUCGAUGAGCUAGGUCUUUUUCACUCGAGAAGGGCGUGAAGCAUAAGCACCCCUUUUGACAAGAUCAUACCUGGAUCUGACUCGAGACAUCUAUUAAACUCAUACCAAAAUUAUAAGUUGUAUAUAAAAAAACUAAUGAUAUAUUUUUAUUAGCACUCUUUGUCCUCCGUUUUAUACACAAAGAAAACCCUCCAAAUCCUUCUCCUUUUCCUCUUAGACCGCUGCUUUUCCUCUUAGACCGCUGGCCCUUUUCCCCCCUUUCUUACUCAAAAUAUAUAUGUGACUUAUUGUACAAGAAGUCAAGAACACAAUAAUCAAAUCUUAAACAACGACUAAAAACCGAAUUCAAAUCCUAUUAGAACAACGAAUACUAAUAAACAAUGCGAGGGAUGGGAUUAGGUGCUAAUCCUUAUAGGGGUUACCACCGUGAUAACUAACAAAAAACGCUACUAAAAAUAACGAAAUCACUACGGAUUAUUAUAAAAUCAAUACAAUAUCUAAACUAAAUCACUAUUAAUUCAAACUAGUAGUAGUUUUUACCUUAGUCAGGAAGGUGCUAACUAUUGUACAAUUAGCACCGUAGCCGUUCCCACAAUGCGAACUUUCCAAAAUAAUGACAAAAAAGGAACUAAUAAGGAAAACUCAGAAAAGUUAUCCAAGCCCAAAAAAUCCUCAAAUUGCCAAAGAUUGCUUGAUCCAUGUUAACCAGACAGAGAGUCUUCAUGGGACUGACUCAGAUCGAGACACGAUCCACUUCUAGUUCGGGCUCUCAAACCCACAGCAUGCAGGGCCCGUAAAAGCUACCUUAGAGUUUCUUUUGGGCUUUACUCCUUCUGGGCUUCUCUAAUAAUUUAUUUAUGAUUAUCAUGAGCUGAAACAUAAAACAAAAAACGUAAAGAAAAUAAUAAGCAAGUCGGUGAAGGCAUACACGUGUCAAGAACGUAAUGGUACAGGUAGCAGAACCUGACACGCGUCCCACUCUCUACACCCGCUGCUACUUCCACGUGUCAGAGCUCGUUCCUUCUAUCCGUCACCGGCCACCGCACCUAUAAAACACAAAAAAUACCCUUCCGGCUCCGGCCAUAAAAAAAACGACCAGAUCAGAGUCAAAGUUAAACCUUUAUGCCCUGCAAAUUUCAUAUACCUUUAUACCAUAAAUAAAUAAAUAGUUAAAAUACAUAUCCAAGAGCUAUGGUGGGCGUGGGAGUGCCGAUAUGCGUGCAAUGCGGGACGAGGAGCAACCCGUGCCGGUGCAAGGUGGUGGGACCGACGGUGGGGUUUCUGGCGUUCGCGGCGGCGGCGGUGGUGGAGUGGCCGCUGGGGGCGUUCGUCUACAUAUUCAGGCACCGGAAAGGGAGGAGGAUCAUGGCCCAUCCGGCCACCGUCGUUUACCCUUCCGUCACCAAUGCCAUCCCCAUCUGAUCUGGAUGAGUGAUUUAACUACGCGCUGUUGCUUAAUUUUGUUUCCGUUGUUGCUUUUGUUUAAUAAUAAAUGUACAAUUUACUGCUCUUCAGAAAACUGUACUUCCUUGUGUAUGUGUUCCAAUUAAUAAAAGGGUUCCGUUAAUUUUCCCCCAGGCUUUGAUUUGGCAGAUAAUUUGGAGAUAUUUUGUUGCUGCUUUGAUUUGUAACUGACAAGUGAGAUAUGCCAAGGGAGACACAAAAUCCAGUGAUGAUGGAACGCCUAGUCUCUCUAGGCAAUGAGCCCAAUCAGAAGGUCUAUGUCAAGGAAGUAUUUCAGUGGCCCAAGGCAUUUUAAUUAGUGUGAAAGCCUUGUUCCAACGGUAUUUUUAACCUUUUUUGUUUUUUGUUUUGAGUUAUCAAUUAAAACAAUGUAAUCGAUAUAGACUUGUGAAGUUGUGGAGUAUCAGUGGAGGCAUGUCGUUGUUACAUGCGUUUUAAUUAGAGCUGGCAAUUGGAUCGGAUUUGUGGAUUGGAUUGGUAGAUUUAUGGAUCGAAAGGAUUGGUGGAUUCAUGGAUUGGUGGAUUGAUCCAUGAAUCCAAAUGACAUCCAAGUCUUUGACCAAAAUGUAAAAUUUGAAAAGUUUUGGUACUAAAAUGUCAUAAUGAAAUUUCGAGGUAAAUUUUUCGUGUAAAAAUAUAAAUUUUAGACACCAAAAUAUAACAAAUAUAGGUACCAAGUUGUAAUUUGCCAUUUUGAUCAUGGAUUGAUCCAUGAAUCCACUAUCCAAUUGCAUUUGGAUCAAAUGGAUUGGAUUAAGUGGAUAAUUUGGUGGAUGGAUUGGAUUGGAUUCAUGGAUUUGGAUCUUAAUUGCCGCCUCUAGUUUUAAUGCUUAAAAACUUACGCAUUUACACUUUCUGUUCAUCAAAAUGCUUUUACGUAGAACUGCAUUAUUUUUCUCUUACAAACAUAGUAAAAAUUUAAGUUUUAAAUUUUACGAAUCUUGAUCACCAAAACGCUUUUACGUAAAAUCAUAAUUUUGACUGCAUUGAUUAUAUCAAGUAUUUCGAUAAUCCAAUUACGUAAAAAGAGUUCUAAUAGUGGUCAUUUUUGGAACAAGAGAGAAGUGUCGGUGUAAUCUAACAGCAAGAGUUUGAGUAUAUCUUUUAGCCGCUAAUCUAACUUUGUACUUGCCAACACGGCCAUCUAGUUUAUAUUUGAUUUUAAGAAUCGAUCCAUUUGGUGAACAAUGAAUUUAUUACCUUUUG